AUGACAAAAUGAGUACGAAACGUUUUGGAUCAUAUUAACGAUAUCGCCAGUUCGCUGCUGCCGGCGUUACCGUAUCAUUCGCUUCAACCGAAAAUUUCUAAUUUAGAUUCUAACCUAGAUUUUUACAUGGGAACAUUUGAAGAAAGAAAUCGCCCAACUUUCGGAAAAAACUACAGCUUUUGUGUGUAUGUGUGUGUGUGUGUGACGCAAGAUGAAUAAAUGUAGAACACAUUGGAAUAAGAAUAAUAUUACCGAGUAUACAUUGAGUCCAAUUGAAGAACAAGAAGCAACUACAUUUUAUCAGACUGAAGAUAGUGCUAUUCCGAAUGCAUUAAUAUCAACGAAUGAACAAAAAGCAGCCACAUCUUCUUCGAGUGAAAGUAUCAUUAUUCUAAAUACACCAAAACCAACUAAUGAAGCAGAGGCUAAUGAACAAGAAGCAGCUACAUAUCAUUGCAGUGGAGAUAAUAUUUUUCAGAAUGCAGCUUUUUUAGAUUCAAGUAAUGAACAAGAAUCGUGCAUAUUUCAUUGGAUUGUAGAGAGUGAAUAUAGAAUUGUUGAGAGUGCAUUAAAAUCAAUUAAUAGACAAAAAACAACCACAUUCUCUCAGAAUGAAAGUAGUAUUAUUCAGAAUACACCAACUAAUAAACAAGGAAUAGCUACAGCUCAUUAUAGUGCAGUUAAUAUUAUUCAGAAUGCGUUAAAGUCAGUUAACGAACAAAAAGCAGUCAAACCUCUAUCAUCCUCUCAGUUGAAGCGUUUCGAUAAAGCUAAUUCGACAAUUGACAACAAGGAAAAUGAAUCAACUUCUUCGAGCAUAAUGGAAUUAACUUGUAUGUUUCCCAAAUCUAAUAUCAAUUCGAACACGGCCAAUCGUAACACAAACGAUAGUGAAAACUUACAAAAUGACUCAAUAUUUGCUUUAAAUCCUCUUAAACGAAGCAAAGCGCUGGCAAAUUUUAAAGAUGUUGAUGACUCCGCAGUACCAUAUGUUUUGCAAAAGGAACAGAAGCGAGAAGAUAAAAAGACAAAUGAUUGAUUUGAAAAAUAACACUAAAGUACUGCUGAACACCGAUUUUUAUAUUGUCGGCAUUGUAUUGCUGAUUGUCUAUGGCUGUUUGGUUAAAAAUUAGCACUUAAUUUUAAUAUAUUUAACAAUUAUUUGGGUAAGACAUGAAAAAUCUACUUUUUGGUGUAUUAAGAUGGACACUCAUUUCUAUAUCAAAUUGCAGAUUUUGUUUAAGAUAAUAUAUUAUGAAUUUGUUAUAUUUAUAUUUGUUAUAUUUA